GCGCUACGAAGACGUUUGUGCGCAUGCGUGCCGUCUAUGUCACAACAGCAAUGGCAGCGUCCGUUGCAAUGCGCUGGUUCAAUGUGAGAGAAAGAAAAUGUCAUGCCAAAUGUCUCCAGACGCUCGAAGCUUUGCUCUCUACCCGAACUGGAGUAGGCGUGACACGGGCCGAAGACGCACUGAAGGACGAGGGAGAGCUUAAGAAGAAUGGACCUAAGGCACUGAAAGUCCUCCAAGCUGAGCGCCGAGCAGAAGCAGAGAGGUCGGUCCUGAUCAGCUGUCUCCCCAAAACUGACCAGAACAAGUUCCUCAAGUAUAUCUCCAAACAUGGAAAUGUCAACAAAUGCUUCUUCUACGAAAGCUUUGGCACCUACGCUGUGGUGGAGUUUUCGGAUAAGGAUGGGGUGCUGUCUUUACUUGACAGUGCAACUAUCCCCAGCAUCAGUCAUGAAUCUGUAGUGCCUUUGAGAUCCAGACUACUGUCCCUACGAAACAUCAACACUGUGGACACAGACAAACAGACCACCCCUCAGUGUCAGCCGCAGAGAACUGUACCCAUCAAUGAGCUCAUCCAGCAGCUGUCCUCCUGCAACAGUCUGGAGCAGCAGAUCAUGUCCCUGACAGAAGCCCACUCGUUGACGGAGGAGAACACUCGUCUACGCUUUCUGGUCUGCUCUUUGCUCAAUGAUAUCGCUGCUGCCUAUUUCCCUGAGAGCUCCAUUAGGCCCUUCGGAUCGUCUGUCAAUGGUUUUGGGAAGCUGGGCUGUGACCUCGACAUGUUCUUGGACCUGGAUGCCAUUGGUGCAAGCAACACAAAUAUGCCCAGGUCCGGCAUGUACGUGGAGUAUCAGAUGAAGAGGACCAAUUCGGAGCGUGCAGUUACCCAGAGCGUUUUGUCGGUCAUCGCAGAGUGUUUAGAACAAUUUGGGCCAGGCUGUGUGGGAGUGCAGAAGAUCCUAAACGCUCGCUGUCCUCUGGUCCGCUUCGCCCACCAGCCCUCGGGCUUUCAGUGUGACCUCACCGCCAACAACAGGGUGGCCAUGCGGAGUACUGAGCUGCUGUACCUGUUUGGAGAGCUGGAUCCUCGGGUGCGGGCUCUAGUCUUCACUGUGCGCUGUUGGGCUCGAGCUAAUGGUGUCACCAGCUCCAUUCCUGGAGCCUGGAUCACCAAUUUUUCCCUGACCCUCAUGGUGGUUUUCUUCCUCCAGAGGAGGAGCCCACCCAUCCUGCCCACUCUCGACAGGCUUAAAGAGCUGGCAGGGCCCUCAGAGAGGUGUAUCAUUGAUGGCAACGACUGCACUUUCACCAGUGACUUCCGCAAGAUCCAACUAGAGAUCAACACAGAGUCUUUAGAUCAACUUCUGAGGGACUUCUUUGAGUUUUACAGCACGUUUCUCUUCAACAGAAUGUCUAUCAACAUCAGAAAGGGCAAAGAGGAGCACAAGCCGGAGUUGGGGCCCCUGCACAUCCAGAACCCUUUUGAGACGUCCCUGAACGUCAGUAAGAACGUCAAUAUAUCUCAGCUGGAUCGCUUUGUGUCCCUGUGCCAAGAGAGUGCGUGGAUGCUACAAAGUGGAGCCACCCUCACCACACUGCUCCUGCCCUCUCAGAUCUCUGCCGUCAGGGGCAGGAAAAAGAGGAAGGUAGAACCUGCCAGUGAGAGGAUCAAAGGCUUACUGGAAUCUCUAAGGACCAAAAAUAAUGUGCAGAAGAAAUGAACUUAUGGACAAGUUUUCUUCAUUUUUUUUUUUUUUUUAAGGAAAUCAUAUAUAUCAAUAACUUAAAUGUGUUUCAGAUUACACCACAAGUUCACACACUCUAAUAGUCUUGUUUGAAAUGAGGAACUGGCCAGAUGGUUAAACUACAAUUGUAUUUUGGGAUGUAAGUAUUCACUGGUUUCAAGCAACUUUAAAACUAGGUAUGCUCCCAUGUCAAUAAAAAAAGUUCUACAUAAAAAAAAAAUGCAUUCAAAAUAGUACGGCAAUACAUUGUUACGACUUCUUGGCAGUAUGUGUAUCGAUAUAAAGAUACGUAUCAUGACUCACAUCACUUUUAAACUACAUUAAUUAAUUAUGAAUUGCAGAGCUGUACAUUUAUUAACCUGACGACACCUGCAUGAAGGAUGAAUCUGCUGGGCUGACUUAUUAAUUGAAUAAUAGUAUUCUGAUAUUAAGGGGAUAGUGAACAUUUAAUUAUUCUUUAAAAUCCAAACACUGAUUUAGUUCAAUUUUAACAUUUUUUUAAGGGAUAGCCAUGUAUCAGAACAUGUGGCAUAUCAAAUUACCAGUAUUGGGAAGUCUAUCAUAUCGUGGUGUGCUUGACAAUACCCAGCCCUAAUAAAAAGUUGCCAAAUCUGUCUAUAAUGGCAAAAAGUAAUGUGACUGAAAAUCAAGAAUAGAAGGAUAAAGCUCCAUCUUGUCGUUGAUGCAAUAUGUCAUAUAAUCAAAACUUUGCAUCUGUUCCCUAACUGAGGGUAUAAAAUUAUCACAUUCUACCUUAGAAUUUUGACCUGCCCUUGAGUAUACAGUAAAGUAUAGGCUCCUUUAAAUGUUUUCACGUGACAUCACAACACUCGCUGGGAUAUUGCUUAUUAGUAAAUAAUAAUUAACAUUUGGGACCUUCCUUUGGGGAUGUCUCAUUUUGUAUAAUCUAAACAAAAAUACCAUCUGAAAGCAUGAACUCAUCAUGGUUUACAGUCUAAAAACAAUGACUGCCAUCAAUUCUGCAAAUGAUUCUGUUAUCCCCUACAAAGUAAUUUCAUGACAUUACAAACAGUGUUGCUGUAUACUGAAGUUUUAAACUAUCAACUCAAAUGAUUUUGAUACUGAGAAUUAGACCUGAUACUAAUUUUGAAACCACAAUUUAACAAUGCUUUUUUUUAGACAAUACACUAACAUUUUCAACACAAAAUAAUAGUACUUUCUAGUUAUAUACACUAAUUCUGAUAAAGCUCAAGAUCAUUCUCAAACUGUUGAAAAAAUGUCAGAUUUUGUCUUCUUAAAGAAACCAUGUUUUCAUUUGUUUUUCAAGACAAUUAGCAGAAAGCUGAAUUAGCCUCACACGAGUCUCUCAUUUGGGUUGCCAGUCUAAAAUAUGGUUGGUUAAAACCUAAAAGGACUCUCUCUGAUCGCUGAGUCUUCACUACCUAAACCCUAGAAAGCCUAGAACUUUGAGUUAUUAGUUAUCAGAGCUAGUGCAGCCUCUGCAGCUUAGUGAGUGAAUUCUAGAGGCUUUGAGUUUUCAGAUGCCUGGCCUGUCCAUAUACUGAAAAAAUCUUGUAUAUGUCCUCUGUAUUCAGCUUAAGGCACUUGCAACCCAGGUUCAGAUGUGAUAGGAUGUUAUGUGUUAUUUUUUGUAUUGAUACUUGCUCAAAUGAGUAUCUAGUUUCUAUACUUGUUUUAGUAUCUUUUACUAUCUCAUUUGAUACUUUUGACAUCCCUAAUCUCAAAUCAAGUACUGCAUUUAGAGACAGAUAUUUUGUACUUUCAACAGCUCCUCCAGGCUUGAAGUGUUGCUUGAAAUACUGCAUUGUGUGACCCCAGUGCAUUCUGUCUGAAGUCCCUCCCUGUAAGAGCCAGGCCGCGCUCUGGACCUCUAUCACUGUUCUCAUGCUCUUAUCAGCUGGAAUGCAAUGGCCCUGGCGUGUUUCCCACAGUGGAGCAAAAGGGUGUGUCCACUUCCACGAAUGAGAGUUAGCGCACUUUCGGUUAAGAUUAGGUCAACACCAGCACAAAGCUUCUAAGUGCUAUGCUCUGGUUAUAUUUACAUUAGCAGUUCAGUUGUUCAUCCCUGGGGGUCAUCCACGCA